GUCCUGAGAAUAAAUCAGAAAAAUUACGAAGAAGCUUACAUAUCUCACCCUGAUGGCAGAGCAGAUAUAUUCAUUUAUGGUUUAAAGAUGAGGAAUCGAUCGCUAAAUGGAGACAUCGUUUAUGUUAAGAUACUUCCCAAAUGUGAAUGGAAGGAAUUGUUAGAAGAGUUGAAAAACCUGGAGAUUGUGACAUCUGCAGUCAAUGGCUGCCUUGAUAAAGCUGGAAUAUCUAAUAAAAAACUAAAAACAAAAAAUGAUGGCUCUAAAACUGAUAAAAUGAGGAAAGAUGUCAAAAAUCCUUCAAUUGAUACAAACAACAGCUCAAGUUCAUCCCACAAUUCCUUGAAAGAUUACAUUCAUGAGAUGUCCAGUAGAAAUAAGAACAUGGAUGUCACCUCCUUCCAUCCAUUGUUGGAUUUGUUUCCACCUGACAACGUCAUCAGAACUGGGAAAGUGGUUGGCAUUGCUGAGAGAGUGCACAACAGGUGUGGAGCUGGUACUUUGAAACUUAUUUCAGACAAAAACAAAACUAUGGCGCUAUUUUCACCCAGAGAUUAUAAGAUACCUAGAAUAUUAAUACCUGCAAAGUCGUGUCCCGAAAAUUUUUUCAACAGGCCAGAUGAUUUCAAAAAUGUAAUGUUUAUUGGAAGAAUUGUCAACUGGUACGAGAACAAGACUAUGCCAAUAGGUGAAAUAAUUAGGAAUGUUGGUAACUAUGGGGAAAUAGAACCAGAAACCCAAGCUAUCUUGUUUGAAAAUAAUAUAGACUUUAGCGAUUUUUCUGAAGAGGUUUUGUCUUGUUUGCCAGCUGACUUACCCUGGAAAAUACCAGAAGAAGAAUUAAAGAACAGACGGGAUUUUAGACGUAGUUGUGUUUUCACUAUUGAUCCUGAAAGUGCUAGAGACCUGGAUGAUGCUCUGUCCUGUGAGCAUCUUGGCAAUGGACUUUAUGAAGUAGGAGUGCACAUUGCAGAUGUAAGUUACUUUGUGAAGCCAAACACAAAGUUAGACCAAUGUGCUGCCAGUAGGUCGACGAGUGUGUACAUGGUUCAAAGAGUCAUUCCUAUGCUACCUCGUUUGCUUUGUGAACAGUUGUGCAGUUUGAACCCUGGAGUCAAUAAGUUAACAUUUUCAGUUGUUUGGAGGCUGACUGAUGAGGGUGAAAUUUUAGAUGAAUGGUUUGGACGAACUGUUAUACGUUCCUGCGUUAAAUUGUCUUACAGUCACGCUCAAGGUUUCAUUGACAAUCCGAAAAAGAUUUGGAACGAAAAUGAACUGCCAGAAAUUGCAAAUGGUUUCACUAUUCCUGAUGUCGUUUCCAAAGUUUUACAACUCUACCAAAUAUCAAAAUGUUUAAAAGAGAAACGGGUGAAGAGUGGAACUCUGCGAUUGGAUCAGAUCAAACUGACGUUCUCUCUCGAUAAAGAAAGUAGCAUGCCUAGGGGUUUUGCAAUAUACGAACAUCUUGAGAGUCACAGUUUGAUCGAGGAAUUCAUGUUAUUGGCAAAUAUGGCAGUUGCUCACAAAAUCUUACAGCACAAUCCUCAAACGGCUGUCCUUCGAAGGCAUCCUCUGCCAAGUGCAAAAGCUUUAAAAGAUUUUCUGACGACUUGCAAAUCACUGAACUUGAACUUGGAUGCGUCCAGUGCUGGAGCACUGCAGCAAUCCUUAAAUGCCAUAACUGAGGACGGAACGGAUGGUUCUGCAGCAAAAGCUCAAAUUAUCGUCUCUCUUUGCCUUAAAUCUAUGCAGCAGGCAUUGUACUUUUGUUCUGGCGAGAUUUUAGAUCACGAGUUGUGGAGGCAUUACGCGCUCAAUGUGCCUCUGUAUACUCACUUUACCUCACCUAUUCGACGAUAUCCAGAUGUUUUAGUGCAUAGAUUGUUAGCUAGAUCUCUCGGCUAUGACGUCACAGAUUGCAAGGUUUUGGACAGUUCGAUAGAUCUGCAAAGGCAGUGCGUUCACUCAAAUCAGAAAAAAUCUAAUUCAAAAACAGCGAAUGAUAAGAGCAUAGAAUUGUUUUUUGCUAUUUUCGUUAAGGAAUGUGGUCCUCUUGAGGAAGAUGGAAUGGUUUGUAACGUCCUCGAUCGAUCGUUUGACGUGUACAUCUUCAAACUCGCCACAACAAAACGGAUCUACUGCGAGAAGUUGCCUCUGGAUUCGUUCAGCCACGAGAAAAAAGAUGGCAUAAGCAGGUUGAUUCUGCUGUGGUCGGCUACUGAAAGUCAACCUGUCCAGUAUGAACAAGUUGUCGCCAUCCUUACACACAUCAAGUGUUUGCUGGUGGCCAGUGCUGAUGACACUUUGAAAUGGAAUGUAAGUUGCUUUUCAUUUCAAUUUAUUUCACUCUAUAAUAAUAACCUCAAAUCAAUUUUUAUUUUAAUUUAA